AUUUAACAUUGAUAAGGACAGUGGAUAACAAAAUAUACUUGCUUCGCGAUAUACGCCGAGGGCAAUGGGGAUCGCAUUCAUCUGGAAAUAUCGUAAGUUCUUUCUCAUCGAUAGGAUCGUGCCUCAACGGUUCUCCAUUCGGUGUUUUAAUUUUUUCACGUUCUAAUUUUUCAAGUUCUAAUUUUUCACGUUCUAAUUUUUCAAGUUCUAGUUUUUUACGUUCUAAUUUUUCAAGUUCUAGCUUUUCACGUUCUAAUUUUUCAUGUUCUAGUUUUUCGCGUUCUGCUAUUUCACGUUCUGGUCGUUCACGCUCUAGCCUUCCGCGUUCCGAAAGUCUGGCUGCUGAAUCUUCUCUUUCUAUGUCUUUAAUAGGUUCUUUUACAAUCACCUUAUCCUCUCCUAUGUUACGUAAUGAUCAUAUCAUUCAAAUGUGUGUGUUUGCAUUUAAUUAAUACUUUCCUGAAAUGUUUUUAAUCUAAUACAUCUUACAACUAAAGAUCAUAAGUAAGAAACACGAUAAGUCACAUUUCUCGUCUUUCACAGAAUAUCAUUUUUAAGAUUCGAUAUAUUGUCGAUCAAUUCUAUAUAAGAAUUACAUUUCCAUUUAAUUUUGGGACCCUAGUAUAAGGAAUUAAAUUAAUAUUAUUCGUUUCUUCUAAAGCGUUGUGAAUGUAUGAUCUUUGUAUUCUUAAAAUAAUCCAUUAGGUUAUUUCCUUUCUCAAUUAUUCCGUAUUAAAAUAGCUUUUUCUUAGUUACCAAGUGACAUAAAAGUUAGAAAAUUAAUAAGAAUGGACUUAUCAUACUCGUACUGCGUGGUCUUCAAUUAUGUACCUUUAACAGACCACUGCGUUUCAGAUUUUCUUUGGACUUUUGCGAUCGAAACUUUCGAAACAUCCUCUUUUGUGAUGCCUGUUACUAUAUCUAUGACCUUUCCAUCUACCUCUCUCUUAUAAAGACGACCUACAUCACGAGCGUCUUCAAAUUCAACGUCUUCUUCCAAAUCUGCAUCCUUUGAAGGAAAAUAUUUCUUCGAAAGCCAUGGGGCUUCGGUGACUGAAAGCUUCGUCAAUUAUUUUGGAGCAGUAAGAUAAGCAAAAAUGUUUUAAACAAAGGGUAACAUAUAUGAAUUAUACUUGUUUUUUUCAAUGUAGCCUUCACCAGGGGACACUGUAUCCCGCAUGUGGGCAUUUAGAUUAAUUUAAAAAAUGGUUUUAAAGACUAUAGCAGAUAGCCAAAAUUUCCAUAAUCGGACUUUCGAUCGAGAAAUCGAUCUUCUGACAGUUUGCUACCGCGUCAUUAAUGUUUAACAAAUGAUUUUCGUGUAUUCAAUUAUCCUAUAGCUUCUUUUCUGGUUUGCAACAUUCAAUGGCCGAACAGGAUAGUAUCUUUAAUGAAAAUGUGUUCGACGUCGCCGAAAGGAAAUUGCAUUGGUGAAGUGAAUAGAAUAUUGGAAGCAUCAAGUUUGGUUACUUGCGCGAUAUCAAGUAAUUCGAGUUGUUGUGAUAAAGAUGUCAAGAUAGAGGAGGAAGUAAAAAGUAUCAUCCAAGAAGAGGGUGAUCUAUUGCCUUCGAAUUAUCUCGAUAAAAAUAUUUUUGGCUUGUUAAUACCUGCAUUGGAAGAAACACUUAUCGAAGCAUCUGAACAGAACGUUCUUUGGGUCCAGAAAUGUCGUUUUAACGGUCUCGAUUAUAUCGCGGAAUUUUUAUGGAAUCGGAAUCCACGACGUCCGAAAAUAUAUACACCGCCUUUAAAUGUAUUUGAUAUACCGCUAUUUAAAGAAUAUUUACGUUCACAUCCUAGACCUUAUUAUCCAAAAUCGUGGUUAUGGUCUGAGGAUGAAGCGGCGUUGCACAUACAAAAAUAUGUUCGCGGUUGGCUUGUGAGAAAACGUGCGAAUGUUCAGGAAAUGAGGAAAUUUUGGAAGGAUAUUGCGGUCAAAAGUCUCUUUGGCAAGGGAGAGAUUUAUUCUGUACAGUUUCAAAGACUUUUAGAUAACAAACAAAACGAUACAAAGCAUGAAACAAUCAAUGAAGAUUUUAUUCGUUGUGAAAAAUACCGGUCUACGAUUGCACAUACAUAUAAUCCAAUGCGAAUAUUAAAUGAAAAAACACGCACGUUUUAAAGAUCAUAUGGAUCAUAUGGAGAAAUUCCAAUUAAAAAGUGCUUAAUCUUUAUUAUUAAAUUAUAAGAUACAAUGCACAUAUUGAAUCAUAUUCACGAUGCAUCCUCCUGCUUAAUAUUGUUGUAUAAACUAGGACUUACUGGGUUUCCUAAUCCCAUUUUUAUUUCAACCGUAGGAGUUUCAUUUUCUUCGGCAACUCUAUAACUUUUAAUGCCUAAAGUACUAUAUACAAUUUUUAGUUUUAAA